AUGUUGUCAAGAGGAGUUAAUUCAAGUUUGAAAAGAACCGCUCAAAGAGCUCUCAAGUCAAAUGUUGCCACCGCCAGUUUGAAAUUCUCCAGUGCUCAAGCAUCCAGAUGUCUUCAUACUCAACAACCACUUGCUAAACCUCAAUCCGCUUUCAACAGCAAGUUUACUAGUUUAAGUUUGGGGUCUGUUAGAUAUGCAUCCACCAAAGUCAAGGUUCCAGAUAUGGCUGAGUCCAUCACUGAGGGUACUUUGGCUGCUUUCAAUAAAGAAGUUGGAGAUUUUGUAAACUUGGAUGAAACUAUUGCCACUAUCGAAACUGACAAGAUUGAUGUUGAGGUUAAUGCACCAGUCAGUGGUACCAUUACCAAGUUUUUAGUUGAUGUUGAAGCUACUGUUGAAGUUGGACAAGAGAUUGCUGAAAUCGAAGAAGGUGACGCUCCAGAAGGUGGUGCUAAGAAGGAGGAAUCCUCGUCAUCCGGUAAAGAAGAAACUGAGCAAAAGAAGGAGGAACAAGAAACUAAACAACCUGAAGAACCUAAAAAGGAGGAGCCAAAGAAGGAGUCGAAACCAGCUCCACCACCAAAGAAGGAAUCAGCACCAAAGAAACAAGAAAAGAGCUCUGCUUCUGCUGACGCUCCAACUUUUACCAACUUUUCCAGAAAUGAAGAGAAAGUAAAGAUGAACAGAAUGAGAUUGAGAAUUGCUGAGCGUUUAAAGGAAUCUCAAAACACUGCUGCUUCAUUGACCACCUUCAAUGAAGUCGACAUGUCCAAUCUAAUGGAAAUGAGAAAAUUGUACAAGGAUGAGUUUUUGGAAAAGACUGGAAUCAAGUUGGGUUUCAUGGGUGCCUUUUCCAAGGCUGCUUGUUUGGCUGCUAAGGACAUCCCUGCAGUUAACGCAUCUAUUGAAAACAACGAUACUUUGGUAUUCAGAGACUAUACCGAUAUUUCAAUUGCCGUUGCUACACCCAAGGGUUUGGUUACGCCAAUUGUUCGUAAUGCCGAAUCUAGAUCGAUUUUGGGCAUUGAGCAAGAAAUUGCCAACUUGGGUAAGAAGGCCAGAGAUGGUAAGUUGGCCUUGGAAGAUAUGGUUGGUGGUACAUUCACCAUUUCCAACGGAGGUGUAUUUGGAUCAUUGUAUGGUACUCCAAUCAUCAAUAUGCCACAAACCGCCGUUUUGGGAUUGCAUGGUGUCAAACAAAGACCAGUGACUGUUAAUGGGCAAAUUGUGUCGAGACCAAUGAUGUACUUGGCCUUGACUUAUGAUCAUAGAGUUUUGGAUGGUAGAGAAGCCGUUACCUUCUUGAAGACAAUUAAGGAAUUAAUUGAAGAUCCAAGAAAGAUGUUACUUUUAGAAUAA